AUGUUCUACACAAUGUAUCUUGAUGGCCUCUGUAAACGCCGACAUUGGCCUCAGCCCAUGUUUCAACCUUCGGUCACCCAUCACGGCUACACCUGCGUUGUCCGCGUCAACAAUCGCGAAUACAGUACAGAUGGUCAACAUUACACAACCGAAGCAUUGGCCCGUGACGCCGCCGCCACACGUGCCUACAUGAUCUGCCGCAACUUCUCUGUAAACGACGGUAUGUAUCCUGGGCAAAAGUCAGGCUCCGGCACCGUCCAAGGCCUUCCUGUAGCCAUUGGCUCAGGCCGCAGGAACGUCAGCGUUUCUACAUCUGGCUUCAAAGAUCAGAGAAGACGACUGGGUGAAUUGAGAGAGGAGGAUGAGGAUGAGAACAGCAGCUGGACUUCUGGCGGCUCAAGCCCUAGGAGUGUGGAUUCUGCUGUUGCUGGUAUUAGAUCCGUCAAUGCUGGCGCUGGAAAGCCUCAUCAUGCCAGCCAGACCACCUGUGCCUGUCGUCGCGCUCCGGUCUUACAGCAGUAUCCUCGUUGCCAGUAUUGUCUUCGCGAUGCUGGAUGGAUGUCUUUCUAA